AUGGGGAAAAAGAAUUCCAGACAAUUAAAUAAGAUAUAUCAGAAACCAAUACCAAUUGAUAUUAUACACAAGCUUAAAAAUGAAAUUUCAUUACUAAAUCCAUUAAGUUGGAUUAAAUAUGUUUUCAAUUUUUUGAAAUCCAAUUUAUUUUCAAAACCUAAAAAUGAAUCAAAAUUAAAAAUUGAAUUAGUUGGUGAUAUUUUCAAAGUUACUAAUCCCAAAAUAAUGAUUAAAUUAUGGAGAGAAGGAUUUUUUGGUAAAGGUAUCUUAUCAAGAUCUGAACCUACUUGGUAUGAAAGAACUAUUGAUAGACUCAACUUAGGUGUCAAUAGUACCAAUGGUGGUAACAAGUUAACUAUGGAACAAUUAACUAAAAUUAGAAGAAAUGAAAGAAUUGAAUUCAAAAAGAAAAGACAAAGAUUACAAGAUUUAAUUUUGAAACAAAGACAAGAUUUAAUAACAGCUGAUGAAAUAAUUGAAAUGAAUAAAAUUGAUGAAGAAUUGGUUGAGUUUAGGAAAAGUGAUAAAAUAAAUUUGGAAAAUAUUGAUGAUGAAGAUGAAGAAGAAGAAAAAUUAAGAGAAGAAGAUGUUGCAAUUAUAAAUUUUGAUAACAAUUCUGUUACUAGACUUGAAUUUGUUCAAUUACAAGCAGUUGAAGUAUUUUUCUUGAAGUUUGCAUUAAACAGAAUAGAAGUCAAUGAAUUAUCAACAAGGGAUUUAUUCAAAAAAUGUUGUCAACUUUAUAAUAAUAACUCACAAGAAAUAAAAUCAAACAAUAAAUUUAUUUUGCAAUAUGUUAUUUAUCAUUAUUUUAGAUCAAAAGGUUGGUGUGUAAGAUCAGGUAUUAAAUUUGGAAUUGAUUAUUUAUUAUAUAAAAGAGGACCACCUUUUCAACAUGCAGAAUAUUGUAUACUGAUUUUACAAGAUCAAAAUGAUAAAUCACAAUUAGAUUGGUUUCAAAUGAGUACUCAAGCAAGAGUUGUUGGUGGUGUUAAAAAGAAUUAUAUACAUUGUUAUAUUGAAUCACCUAAUCAAGAAGAAUUUGAUAAAAUAUUUUAUACUGAAAAUAUUGAUGAUGGUUUAUUAUUUAAACAAUUAUUAAGUAAAUAUAAAGUAUCAGAAUUAAUUUAUAGAAGAUGGAAUCCUAGCAGGACUAGAGAUUAA